ACGAAUAUCGGGUUUAUUUCGCAUUUUGCUGAAUUUCAAUGGAUGAUUUUGUUACAUAACGUUAGAUUCUGCGCGUUUAUCCUCAUUUAGUCAGAAAACGGCGCUUGAAUCGCAGUGUAUUUGUGUCGCAGCAGCAGCGACACCCACGGAAGUGACCAAGAUGGGCGAGCUGACGCCAUGACGUGUCGUCACGGCUCCUGACAACACGAGUGAUUCAUUGAGGAGAUGUUUCGGCUCGUCCGCUGCCUCGGCUCCACACAAACAUGAGCCGGACCCACGUUCACCUGCCCGUUUCACUGUAACAACACGGACACACAACACCCGUCCAGCCAUGAAGCUGCUGGCCAGAGACAUUGAGAAAGACUAUGCCGGUCAGGUGACUCUGAUGCCUGAGGAGGCGGAGGACAUGUGGCACACCUACAACCUGCUGCAAGUCGGAGAUAGCUUGAGAGCCUCCACUAUCAGGAAGGUGCAGACAGAGUCCACCACCGGAAGCGUGGGCAGCUCCAGAGUUCGCACCACUCUCACUUUGUGUGUGGAGACGAUCGACUUCGACUCCCAGGCCUGUAGGCUGAGAGUCAAGGGCACUAACCUAGAGGAGAACCAGUAUGUCAAGAUGGGGGCUUACCACACUAUCGAGCUUGAAGUUAACAGGAAGUUCACUCUGGCUAAAAAGAGCUGGGACAGCGUCGUCCUGGACAGAAUCGAGCAGGCAUGUGACGCCACACAGAAAGCAGAUGUGGCAGCUGUGGUCAUGCAGGAGGGCCUGGCCAACCUGGUGCUGGUGACCCCCGCCAUGACUCUGCUCCGAGCCAAAGUGGAGGUCACCAUUCCACGCAAGAGACGAGGAAGCUGCACUCAGCACGAGAAGGCGCUGGAGAGGUUCUAUGAGGCUGUGAUGCAGGGGAUCCUUCGCCACAUCAAUUUUGAUGUGGUGAAGUGCGUCCUGGUUGCCAGUCCAGGGUUUGUGAAGGACCAGUUCAUUGCAUACCUCUUUAAAGAGGCAGUGCGUCAGGACAACAAGCUUCUGCUGGAGAAUCGCCCCAAAUUCAUGCUGGUGCACUCGUCAUCAGGUCACAAGUAUUCACUAAAAGAAAUCCUCUCUGAUCCGUCUGUGACAAGUCGACUCUCUGAUACCAGGGCAGCAGGAGAGGUGAGAGCCCUGGAGGAUUUCUACAAGAUGCUCCAGCAUGAGCCAGAUAGAGCUUUCUAUGGACUGGCCCAUGUGGAGAAGGCUGCUGAACUUCUCGGCGUCGACAUCUUGCUGAUAAGUGAUAAGCUGUUCAGACAUCAGGACGUCCCCACGAGAAGCCGCUACGUCCGCCUGGUGGACAGUGUGAAAGACAAUGGCGGCACCGUCAGAAUAUUUUCCAGCCUUCAUGUGUCUGGUGAACAGCUGACCCAGCUGAGUGGAGUGGCCGCCAUCUUGCGGUUUCCCAUCGCCGACCUGUCGGAGGCAGAGGAAGACAGCAGCUCUGACGAAGACUGAUCAGCGGAGAAAACAAGUGUGUUAUAAAACACUGAAGCUGCUGUGUUAUGGUUUAUGUUUUCCACCUCUACUGCACCUGUCUCUCAGACUUGUGCAGUUUCCACAUUUUCUAAAGUGGCCACAGUUGCACAUUAUGACAUGCUGCUUUUGGUUUGACGUGACUGUGUUUGAGAAGCGGCUGGUUCUACUAAAGUCGCAGAGCUCUCAGUUCAUAAGGAUGCCAAUGCAAAGAAAUGUUAUGUUUUGCCACGUUUCAAAUGAGUUCCAAAACAGUUUUUAGCAAUAAAUUAACCGAUCUUUUUCGGUGUAUAUACAAGAUUUCUUUUUGCAAUUAAACAGAACCAUUCAACCACUCGA